GAUUGGAUUCUCUCUCUCCCUCCUUCCUUAUUUCUCUAUUGAAAUCCAUCCCAUAAUAAUCUCACAUGGGACGUAUAGAUUUGGAACUCGAGAAUAGAUACAGAAGUAGACGCUCGGAGAGGAAUCUUCAAUUGCUCCAACAAGGGCAGCAGCAACAACAAGAACAGAAUGGUAUUAAUGGCGAUAGUAUACAGGCCUCAGAUUCAGACCUCGAAGAAGAUCAUAAUAAUAAUAAUAAUAAUACCCCGGAAGGAGGAAUAUUAAACGCUCCCGAUCCUAUAGUUAUUAUGGUAAUGGAUCUCCAACUCUACAGGGCUACAAUCGAAGGCGACCAAGACAAAUUCAUCAGCACAUUGAUCAGAGUGUCGAACGAAAAGGGUCUGUCGUCGUCGGUCACCGCAAUUCUGAACCAGGUCACCCGGCCACUAGGGAACACCUUCCUCCACCUGGCCGCCGAAUAUGGCCAUCAUAACUUGGCCGGACACUUGGCUUGCAAGUUUCCUCAUUUAUUGGUUACAAGAAACGAAAGGGGAGACACUCCUUUCAUUGUAGCUGCUAGAGCAGGACAAAAAUUAACGGCCGAUAUCAUAUCCCGUUUCGCGGAAGACUCUCCUAAUUGUAAUUCGGGACUAACCGAGGGCCGACGAAAGCCUGAUCUCAUGUUGAGGAUGACGAAUAGAGAUGGGAAUACUGCUCUUCAUGAAGCCUUGAUUGCUAAACAUCAUGAUAUGGUCAAUUGCUUGAUUUCAACAGACGAUGAAGUCCCAUUUUGUUAUCCAAAUACACAUGGCAAAACUCCUUUGUAUAUUGCCAUUGAAACAGCUACUCAGAUUACCCUCGUAAGGAGAAUGUUGCAGCUCCUUGCUUCUAGAAACCCAGAUGAGAUCAAAAUUGCAGGAAAAUCGCCUAUUAAUGCUGCAAUUAAAGCAAUGAAUACAGACAUGUUAGUGAUGCUGUGUGAAAAAAUACCUUCAUUGAUUCAUACAAGAGAUGCUGAAGAUGGUGGCACUCCACUCCAUUGUGCGGCCUCUGUUGGCUACUAUAAAGGUGUUGAGUUCUUUUUGAAUCGAUGCACCGAAUUCAUUUUGGAACACGAUAACAACGGUUUACUGCCUAUCCAUAUCGCAUCACAGAAGGGUCAUGUAGAAAUAGUGAAGAAGUUACUAGUUGAAUAUCCUAACACUAGGGAGAUGCUAACAAUGAAAGGAGAAAACAUCCUUCACAUUGCAUCCAAGUUCGGAAAGAUUGAUGUUGUCAAGUAUGUUUUAGAGAAUCCUGAGCUGGGAAUUCUCUUAAACCAGAAAGACUGUAAAGGGAACACGCCUCUUCAUCUAGCAACUAGGAAUUGGUUUCCUAGUAUAGUAAGUUGUUUGACAUGGAAUAAAGGUGUUGAAUUAAACCUCGUCAAUGAUUAUGGAAUGACUGCUUUGGAUAUAGUCGAGGAAUUUGGGGGAAUAUCGCCUUCAUAUCGAAAGAGACUAACAUGGGUGGCUUUGAAAUCUGCCGGAGGAAAGCCAAACAAAUAUCCAAAAGCUCUUUAUAAUACCAGUAUUGUAGAUUCAGGAAUCCAAAAUGAUUAUCAAGUGGCACAAAGUAAGGAGGUGGAUUACAAUGAUAGGGUAAACACUCUUCUUUUGGUGUCAACAUUGGUGGCAACUGUUACCUUUGCAGCUGGUUUCACAAUGCCCGGGGGUUACAAUAAUACCCUAUCCGACCCAUUUUUAGGACAAGCGACCAUGCUGAAUAAACAGGCCUUUCAAGCCUUUGUGAUAUGUGACACCAUAGCAAUGUACAGCGCCAUCAUUGUGGCUGUUACAUUAAUAUGGGCUCAAUUGGGUGAUGUUCAUUUGGUACUUUCUUCUCUAAACUUGGCUAUGCCGCUACUGGGAGUGUCUUUAACCACUAUGUCCGCUGCAUUUUUGGCCGGAGUAUCCUUAGUAGUUACCAACCUCGGGUGGUUGUCGCACCUCAUUUUGAUAAUGGGAAUCGUCUUCCUUUCUAUUAUUUUACUGCUUUUCAUCCCUCUGUUCUUGCCCAAUUCUUCCAAAAAUUAUGUCAUGCGUUACAUCUCCUACUACUUCUUCUUCCAGCUGUUGCUCAUAGCUUCUGGUUGUAAUGAUCGUGAUAAUGCUGAUGAAGAAAAAGAAGAAGAUAGAGCUGCAUGAUUGACUUAAUUAUAUAUGACCCAUUAUUAUUUUAUGUACACUAAUUAUAUAUGUUUUUCAAUGUAAUAAUAUUUGUGUAAUGAACUCAUGUUUAUGCAUCUAUCUAUCUUAGAUGAAUCGAUUUCUCAUUCAUAAAUAAAU